AUGCCUCCUGUCAGGUCACAAUGUGCAAGGUCUCAAUCUGAUCCUCCCCUUGUCCCCCACCCAGUGGAGGCUUUUCCCCUGUUAUCCUUGCAGGCUGAGAUAGUGUAUCAGCAGGUCUGGUGUGUCAUUGUGGUAGCAGAGCAAGAAAUGAGGCCCAUGAGCCAUCAGACCUCUUUGGAGAAUAGGAAGGAGCUGUGUAGGGCGCAGUCACCCCAGUCCAGUCAGAUGCCCACUAAGGAUACAUCCAAAUCACCUCAGUCACAGUUGCCCAAUCAGGAUACACCCAAAUCACCUCAGUCACCAAAGACAAAACCACCCAGUGAGGUAGGCUGUCCAGGAAGGGGUGGAUACAACCUUAAGGAGCACUUGCGAUGGAGUGAUGAUGAGAUGUGUAAAAUCAAGGUAUCAGUGAAGAAGUAUCUUGAUAUGAUGAAAAGCAGGAGCUACCAGGAUUUCGAAGCUGUUCAGAAAGUCACUGGCAUUGCCAGGCAACAGUUCCUGUGGCUCAAGGACUAUGAGCACUGUUGGCCCAUUCUCAAUAUGAUCCACCUUUGUCUCAAGUACCUUUCAUCAAGGCACUGGCAAAAGUAUAUCAGUGGUGAACUUUCUCAUGAACACUUUUUCCCUCUUUUCACCAUCCCACAGUUGUGUCAUAUCCUUUGCAUGAUUGGUGACUCGAAGUACAAUGUCUGA